AUGUCUUCUUCCACCUCCUCUCCCGCCGAGGCAGUCUCCAACAUCGCCGACAAGAUUCCCUCGCCCCAAGAGGCCAAAGAGACGGCCCAGGCCGCUGCGCCCGCCGCUCAGUCCGCUCUCCUAUCCCAGCUGCGCGCCCUCACGGCGGGCGGCUUUGGAGGCAUUUGCGCCGUCAUCGUCGGCCACCCGUUUGAUCUGGUCAAGGUCCGCCUGCAGACAGCCGAGCGCGGCGUCUACUCGAGCGCCAUUGAUGUGGUGCGUAAGUCGGUCGCGCGAGAUGGACUGAGAAGAGGCCUGUAUGCCGGUGUCAGUGCGCCGCUCGUCGGUGUUACGCCCAUGUUCGCCGUGUCCUUCUGGGGCUACGAUCUCGGCAAGCAAAUCGUCGGCGGCGUCUCGACCGUCGGGCCCGAAGGCCUGUCCACCGGCCAGCUCGCCGCCGCCGGCUUCCUCUCCGCCAUCCCCAUGACGGCCAUCACCGCCCCCUUCGAGCGCGUCAAGGUCAUUCUGCAGGUCCAGGGCCAGAAGCAGCUCGCGCCCGGCGAGAAGCCCAAGUACAGCGGCGGCCUGGACGUCGUGCGCCAGCUCUACCGCGAGGGCGGCAUACGCUCCGUCUUCCGCGGCAGCGUCGCCACCCUGGCCCGUGACGGUCCCGGAAGCGCGGCGUACUUUGCCGCCUACGAGGUCAUCAAGAAGAGCCUGAGCCCCAAGGAUCCCGUCACUGGAAAGCCCACCGGCCAGCUGAGCCUGACGGCCGUUACGUGCGCUGGUGCCGGUGCUGGUGUUGCCAUGUGGAUUCCCGUCUUCCCCGUCGAUACCGUCAAGUCCCGCCUCCAGACCGCCGAGGGCAACGUCACCAUCGGAGGCGUCAUCCGCGAGCUCUACGGCAAGGGCGGUUACAAGGCCUUCUUCCCUGGCUUCGGCCCGGCGCUCACUCGUGCGGUUCCUGCCAACGCAGCAACCUUUUUGGGAGUUGAGCUGGCGCACCAGGCCAUGACCAAGAUGUUUGGAUCGAAAUAA